AUGGUCAUGGUCAACAUAUUUAAAGAACUGGAACCGGGAAUCUCCAUUGCCUCCAUGAUUUCUGAAAGCACAGGCUAUAAAGUAGAGAAAGGAGACCUGUUUCCCGAAACCAUUUGCUCCAUUUGCCUUCAGGAUGCUAAAAAUGCAUUCGAGAUCAAGAAAACUUACGAAAGGAGCUCCCAGUUCUACAGUCGAUUAAAAAAGGAUUUGCGUGGAAAGGAAAACCUUUUACAGCUUGAUGAUGAUGAUACAGAUUACUUAACGUCAGAUGAUGACGUUCCUACUUCUGAUAAUAGGACAAAGGAUAAAACUACAACGGAACAUAAGUGCCUCCACUGUCCCCAGACUUUUCCAAAGGCUUGUGGUUUGCAGAGUCACCUGGUAGUCCACACAAGAGAAAAAGCCCACAAGUGUCAUCAGUGUCCAAUGUCCUUUUUACGACCUUCGAGUCUUCAGAAUCACCAGAGAACCCACGCAGGAGUACUACCCUUCAAGUGUGACCACUGCUCGAAGGCCUUUCUCCAGAAGGCUAGUCUUCAGAGGCAUUUGCGUAAUGUAAAUGUGGAAAAAUCCUUCGAGUGUACUCACUGCUCAAAGAUCUUCUUCAAUAAGAAAACCCUGAAGAAACAUUUGCAAGUGCACUCUGCACAACAACCAAUCCAGUGUUCCCAGUGCUCCAAAUAUUUUUCUCAUCGCGGAAAUCUCCUUCGACACCAACUACUCCACACGGGAGAACGACCCUACAAGUGUUCCCUCUGUACGUCAAGUUUUAAUCAGUCCUCAAGUCUUAAGCGGCACCUAAAAAUUCACACAUGA